AUCUGGCCACCCUGUGCGAUUCCUGCAUGUUUACGCAUUCACACCAGUUGUAAACUGGAUGUAAUUUUGAAAAAAUAAUAUUGUUCGAAUGGUUUAAUGUAAAAAUUCCAGUGUAAGAGGUAUAACCUAGGACAUUUUAAGCUAUAAGCAAGUUGAAUUGAAAAUCGCUUCGCAGAUUCUACAGAGAUCCAAGAUGGAUAACCUUGUCGACGAUCCCAGCUUUAUAGACGCAAUUGUUCAUGAAGUGAAAUCGCAAGGACUUUUUGAUCAGUUUCGAAAAGAGUGCCUAGCAGAUGUUGACACGAAACCAGCGUAUCAAAAUCUUCGCCAGCGUGUUGAAACAUCUGUGAGCAAGUUUUUAUCCCAACAGAAGUGGUCGGAUAAUAUUCGCCACAAAAAUCAAUUGCGUGAAAGGUUGAGGAGGAAUAUUAUUGAGUCCGGAUUUUUGGAAACCGGCGUGGAAAGAAUCGUCGAUCAAGUUGUUAACCCGAAGAUAUCAACGGUAUUUCAUCCAAAAGUGGAAGAGAUCGUUUAUAAUUAUUUGGGUAUUGAGAAACCAGAACCGGUUAUCAAUGGUGGUGUGCUUGAUGCGCAGACGGACUUUUUGCCUGAGGAUUUGGAGGCAGUCAGCCCUGAUUCAGACAAAAAAUCUUCCAGUGCCUCAUCUGAUGUGCCAAAUACAGUAGAACAUACCAUAAAUGAAGAUAUGAACGAAUUCAAGGAGCACGUAGAUGAUUUUGAGUCACCUGCCUUCGAACCAUUGGAAACUCGUCCACCUAGUCAAACUAAACAAGAAAGUAAUGACUCGCAUGCAUCUGCCAUCAGUGGAUUAACUUCUCAGGAAUCUGUUGAAAGUGAACAUAUCAAUGCCACAUCAGCACCAUCGGUUACUAAAGACGACGGUUUAGAUCAAGUCGAAACUGCUAGGAUUGAAAUAGGCGGACAUGGCAUAGAAGUGUCCUUUAUUAAUGAGGACGUGAGUCAUAUUGCAACCACUAGUCCGGAAAUAGCUCAGAAUGAUUCACAGCUAUCGCAGGUUUCUAGCAACAGUCGUCUAUCAAUCAUCACGACAUCUGAAGGAAACCAGAAACAGCCAAUCCCAAACCCGGGACUAGAUAUUACUGAGGAAGCUCAGAUGCCCAAAUUUAGCGAAAACUCAAAUGAAGAGGAGGGCGAAAUCUCGGGUAGUAAUGACGACGAGCCUGGCACAUUUGAAGAGUUGAUACCACAGAAAUCUAACUUUGAUUUACGAAAAGAGGAAUAUGAAUUUAAAGGAACUGAGCGUAGCAGUAGAUUCACGAAUAUAGACGACAAAUCUUUGGAUAAUGCUGCAAUAUUAGAAGAGCAAGUGUCUGUAAACAAAUGUGGUGUCGACCGAUCAACAGUCUAUGGCCCUUCCAAUGAGCCUCCUAGAGCAUCAUUGUCUCCUGUGGUAUCUACCAAAUAUGAUGAAAAUUCAUCACAUUCAGAGAGAUCUCUGAGAAUAUGUGAGGAUUCCAUUGUUGAUCAAAGAGUAGUAGAUACAAGCAAUCAUCUUGAGAAUUGUGAUUCUGUGAAAACUCCUCUCAAUGACGAGCAUAGCACGGAAUCCGCACCAGAUGUCGAGAAAAUGGACGGUUUGCAGGUAGAGGUUGUUACUCUAGCUGCUGUCCAACAACGUAUCGGAACAGAAAAACGAUCCAAUCGUCCUCGAGACUGCACUCGUGACAGUGAUCGCGAUCAUAAACUUUCGUCAUCUGCAUCUCAGCAUCACCGUUCUUCUUUCUCACGUGAUAAGAAAUACCACAGUUCAUCGAAAGAUAGUGGAAGCAGACGUAAAUCGAACCAUCCGUGUCGAAAAAGCGAAAACGGUAACAGUAGCUCAAACAGUGGCAAUACUAGAAGAGGUCAUGCCAGAAAAAAACACGAUGAUGAUCAUUAUAGUUCACAUGAGAAACCAGUUAUAAAACGGCGGUCCACUGAUCGUGAUUCCAACGAUGGAUCAGAACAUGUAAAAUCGUUACCUUUCACUGGACUCAACUCUACUUCUGGAGCAUCAGCAAACGGUUCAUCCAAAACGUAUGGCUCACAGAAACGAAGCAGCGAUUCACAAGAUGAAAAGGUAGCAAAAUUAAAUGACACCCUUGAGUCUAGUUUUGAGGGAUUCGACGAAGAUCUAAUGAUCUGUGAUAUCAAACAUGCACCAAAACCAUUAUUAAAAACAUCUAGAACAACCUCGAAUGGGGUCCAUAAAUGUCCAAAAAAGGUUAAAAAACACAAGUCUCCCAAGGAUACAAUUCGCAAGAAUGAUAUUACAAAUAUGGACGUUUUUGCUUUUUCUUUCGAUAAACCGGCUAAAUUAGGUAAAAAUGGUGAAAAUGUACUCGAGGAAGAAGAGCUUCUAUCAACUAUAACUGAUGAUAGUGCGUUUGGCGAUCAGGGCGCAGUAUUGCGAACAGAAAAUUUAGGCUCACUUUCCACAAGUGAAUCAUUGAUUCAAAUAGGAAAAGAUGUUAUAAUUCUGGAACCAACAGAAAUGGAGAAGGUGAUCAAUGCAGAAACAUAUAAUAUUGUUGAUCAUAAACGGCCAUUAUUACAAAAUUUCCCUUCAACCGACCCCACUGAUCUGGUUAUUUUAGCGACCCAACCAGUGGUAGUUGAUCAAAUGUUAACAAAUGGAGACAACAUGGAUCUUGAGCUCCUUAUAGGUGAGAAAGAGCUCCAUGGCGACGAAUCGACAAUGGGAAAAAUUCAACAGGGUUUGAAUGUAAUAAAAAAUAAGAUGAGGAAACCAAAAAUUGCUAACAACUUUGACGAGGCCCGAAAGCUAAUGAAAAUUCGCCGUCAAAUGGAAAGAGAAGAAAAGAAAACGCGGGAACAAGCUAUGGUUUUAGCAAAAAAAUUAAUUACGGUGAAUGGAAUUGCGAAUGAAGACGAUCAAGGAAUUGAACUAGAAUUCGUAUGUGAUGGUGGUAGAAACAACUCAGCCCCCAUAAUUUCUUCACCUGCUCAACAAAACGUAUCGUCGCAUAGUAGCUCAGAUGAAAAAGAUUUGCUUUAUUUUCCCGAGCAGAACGAGGUUUUUCAUAUUAACGAGAUGUAUUUUGAUUGGAUCCGGCACAAAACUAAUGUUUCUUUUCCGGAUGACUAUGCUGUUAAAACAUGGAACGUAAUUUUAUAUUCCUUGAAACCGAGCUGCUUAGACCAAAAAGAAAAUUCCAAAUUGAUUCCAGAAGAUAAACCAAAAGAAGACUCUUCGAUAAAUAUAAUGGCUAAUGUUCAAGGAAGUCUUAUACAAAAAGAAUACGUUCCUAAAUAUUCGGAAAAGAGCAAGAUUGAAAUUCCAGCCGAACUUCAGACAGUUAGGGUAAUGGAAAUCAGUAAAGAUCAUCAAGUACAGCUACAGCUGGAAGCAAUGGUAGAGUUGUCUCCUACCAAUCGAAGAAAAAGAAAACGGUCCGGUUUACCACCGGUUUUUAAUCAAAUCAAAAGAUCAGAUAAGGAAGAUCCAAUCUCUGCUGAAGGAAAUCAUAGCAACGCUAGUGAUUUAAUGGAACAACACAUUCAAAAUUUGCACACUGGUAAAGCCAGGCGCAUUGGUUUAUCGCGACCAAAGACAAAUGCAGAGUUUACACUUGUUAUUUCUGAUGCAAAAUCUGCUGGGGUCGAAGAUACCUCUACAUCCAACAAUAAUAACAACGGUAUCAUAAAACCACAGCGAUACGAUAGUUAUGAUUUAUACAAAUCUGCGAACGACCUACGUACACGAACACGCGCACGACCGGAUGAGAUACUUCAUGCUGAACUUAAAAUGUAAGUAUUUCUGUUUUCACUGCAUCAAAAGCAAUAUAGGAUGCGUUAUUUUACCAAAAUAAAGCCAGUUGCAUUGUUUUAUUUUGUCUAAUAUACAGAAACUAAUCACA